AGUAGUUAGGUUGUUAGAAAGUUAAUGGCUAGGUGGAAAGAGAUUCUCUUCUCGAUUCAGGAGAGUUUCUGGAUUUUUCUGAAGUAUAAACAUAAUUACUAAAAUAGCAACAACCCCAAAGAAAGUUUAAGACAAUAUUGCGUUAAUUAGAAUACAAAAUAAUAAGGGAAGUAUGCAGGAUGCAGUAGCCGGGGCGGCAAUGCUGACGGACGGCUUCGAGGACGAGAUUGACUCGGUGACUCCGCGAUCYUCUGGAAUGGGGCUUGGAACCACACCAGGAGCCAGACUCGGGGGCCUAGGGAUUGGUGUUGGUGGAAAGAAAGUCCGCUUAUUUGGAGAGGCURGUGGGCCUGCAGCUGACAGGCUUGAUUUCAAACUCGCUGCGGCCGCSGUGCUUUCCUCCGGCCCCGGAUCUGGCAGCGACGAUGAUGAAGUAUCUGAGGUGGAGUCCUUCAUAUUAGACCAGGAAGACCUGGACAACCCCAUGCUAAAGACUGCGUCGGAGCUGCUCCUGUCCAGCGCUGCCGAAGGAGCUGACCUCAGAACAGUGGACCCAGAAACACAAGCCAGACUGGAGGCUCUGUUAGAAGCAGCCGGCAUUGGUAAACUGUCCACUACCGAUGGUAAAGCCUUUGCAGAUCCAGAGGUGCUACGCCGCUUGACGUCGUCCGUGAGCUGUGCGCUGGAUGAGGCUGCGGCUGCUCUCACACGCAUGAGGGCUGAAAACACACUCAACACCAGCCAGGCAGACAACCGUAGCUUGGCGGAGGCGUGCUCGGACGGGGAUGUCAAUGCCGUGAGGAAGCUGCUGGAUGAGGGGCGGUAAGCAGUCA